AUGGCAGCUCGCGGCAUUUUCAGCCUCAUCUCCCUAAUACUCCUCGCGGGCGGCUUACUGUUAAUGUUCUUUAUCCUUCUUGCCGGCGCAAUCCAAGACUCUCCAGUAAACAAAUUCUACAUCCUGCAGGCGAACACUUCAGCAAUACCCGGGGCACCUCCAGUCUCCCGUUGGUCAUACUGGAACGUGUGUGGGGUGCAGAAUGGCCGUACCGUGUGUGGUAAUGAGAGCUAUUCGGAUGUGCACCCAGCAUUCCCGCUGGAUCCUUCGUCGCAUCGCACUUUCGACACUACAGUGAACGUACCAGCGGACUUUGUCAAACACCACGCCUACUAUUUCUACAUGACUAGGUUCAUGUUUGCAUUCAUGCUGAUUGCCCUCUUUUUCGGCGUCUGCGCGCUGUUUACCGGACUUCUCGCCUUGUGCACCAGACUCGGCAGCUACCUGAGCGGUCUUCUGACAACCCUCGCUAUGGGUUUCCAGGCCAUCCAGGUAUCUUUGAUGACCGCCGCAUAUGUCAAGGGUCAGAACAACUUCCACAGGAACGGCCAAUCCGCACGCCUCGGUCGAUACGCUUUUGGGUUCGAAUGGGCAGCAUUCGCCUGCUUUUUGCUCUCAACCAUCCUGUUCUGUUUGGCCGGUUCAGCACGUCGGGAUACCACAACAUCCACUCGUCGUGGAUUCUUCAAAGGCCGUCGAAGCAGGAGCACCCGCAGCAGAGGAAGCUUUGUCGCUGACAAAGAGUAUGGUGUCUAA